CUUUUUGCUAACCAUGCAGAGUAUAUCAGCUGUCUGCUUGUGAUUAACACAGUGAUGCAAUGAGAGUUAUUAAAAGAUAAAGCGGAGCAGGCAAGCUAGUCUAAACUUAGUGUAACCUGAAGCAAGCAAUGAAGUAUCCUGUGGUUCCUUUGGUGAAUGAGCUGACCUUUCCUCUGCUUUUCUUCUGGUUUUGUUUGCCAUUUGUAAUGCUGUUGAUCCUAACGAUUAUCUGGCUACAGCUUCUCCUUAAUGAAGCACAGAUGCCCAGUGCAGAAGAAGUAAACAAACAGUCUUCUGAUGAGCCUGAUUCUGAUUCUAAAUUUGAGGUUGAAACAACAGAGGAAGAAAACCAGAAUGACACAUCUAGUAUAGAAAUGGAAGAGGAGGUGCAAUCAUCUGCAGGAAAGUUGAGGCCUAAGCCAGCUUAUCUGAGUUCAAAUCCGAAAAGCCAAAAGCCAAGUCUUUUUGCUAUAAUCUCAGGCAGCUGGUUUUGGAGCCAGAAGAUAAGAUAUUCCUGUAUUGAGAAGAGCAAUUUCUGUAACACCAUGAUGCUAUUGUGUACCAUGCUUUCUUCUCUCACCUGGAACUUUCUCUGCCAGUUGCUACAGAUCUCUAACGUCCUGAGGAUUCAAGUGCUGCCAUCCUCUCUGGUUACCUACAUGGCUCAGCUGUUUGUUUUGCUGAGUCAAAGACUUGUGAAACCCCUGGGCUCCCUGAGGCUGAAGAGCAGGGGGUUGUUGGCUUCAGUCUUGGGGAGGAAACUGGAGCACAGUGAUGGUCAGAGAACCAACUCUGCACAGUACUGACUGACUAAAUAUUAAAUGGGUGACAGCAUCCAGCCUCUUGUGCAGUGCUUGGGUGUGUGCUCUGCUCCCCUCCCACUUCACAGAAGGACGAGUUCCUCCUUUGUAAGGACUGGUAAUGCUCUCAGCACUACUAACCUUCCAUUUCAAACAAGAUCAAGGCAAGCAUUCUCACUAGCUGUUCUUACCCAAGCUUACAUGCAGUACAGCUCAGUGAUUACUCAUGCUGUACUUCACAUUUUUCUGAUCUCCAACUUGUCAGUUCUCAAACUAGGAAACAAAGUUU